CUCUUCAAGGUCUUCUGUGGGCCCCCAACAAGCCUGAACCUGACAACCUACAAAUUCACGUACCCGAGACGCAUCGCAAUGGAGGAACAAAUAUCACGUCUGGUGAAGCAAACAUGGGACAAGUUCCAGGACGUGCCAAAAUCAAAGCGAUACCUCAUCGCGGUAUCCGGCAUCCCAGGAUCCGGAAAGACGACACUCGCAGCCAUGGUAUCCAACCGUCUAAAUGAAGUGCAUGCCGCCCAGUCUCCCGGCACGCACAACGGAAGCCCUCUAGCAGCGUUUAUUCCAAUGGAUGGCUAUCACCUGUCCCGAGCACAACUCGACUCCAUGCCGGAUCCCACCACAGCACAUGCUCGAAGAGGAGCAGCGUUCACCUUUGACGGAGAAUCGUUUGUGGAUCUGGUGAGGAAAUUGCGGGAGCCGAUUUUGCCGGAAUCGCAGACGCUGUUUGCACCCAGCUUCGAUCACGCCAAGAAGGAUCCUGUGGCCAAUGAUAUCGCCAUUGCGCCGUCUGUUAGGCUGAUUGUGUUUGAGGGCAAUUAUCUGUCUUUGGACAGAUCGCCUUGGAAGGACGCGGCUGAGUUGAUGGAUGAGCUUUGGUUUGUUGAGGUCGACUUUGACGUCGCGAGGAGCAGGCUUGUGCACAGGCACGUCCAAUCUGGGGUCACCGAAAAUGAGGAAGCUGCGGGCAGACGGGCUGAUGAGAAUGAUCUUGUAAAUGGGAAGGAGAUUGUGGAGAACAGGCUAGAUGUGCAUGAAGUGGUGAGCAGCAAAGAGGACAAGUCUUGGGCACCCGAAGAACAAGGAGUGGGUGACGGGGUAGAUAAAAUGUAG